GUGUGCUUCUCUCAUGCCUAAUGGUCCCAACACGUCUUCUCCUAUCUCUAUAAAUGCAUUACUCUCCAUUGCGGAGCUUCAACACAGAGCUAAGCUAAGCAACCUAUUCACUGAUUUCUAAGCUUUCUUUUUUUCAUCAACACCAUGUCUAGCACCUGCGGCAACUGCGACUGCGCUGACAAGUCUCAGUGCGUGAAAAAGGGCAGCAGCUACACUGCUGACAUCGUUGAGACUGAGAAGAGCUUUGUCUCCACCAUUGUCAUGGAUGUUCCGGCCGGCGCUGAGAACGACGGCAAGUGCAAGUGUGGUCCAAGCUGCACCUGUGUGGACUGCGGUUGUGGUCAUUGAAGCAUAUAAUAAAAAUGAAAGAGUGGUGUGUGAGAGUUUACUAAUAAUGUAAUUGUGCUAAAUAAUUUGUAUUUCCUGUUAAAAUACAUGUGGGUGUGAAGUGAAAUGUGUGAAAGAGCCAUGUCUCUGUUUCCUUGCAUACCUUGUGUAAUGGCCAUAUCUAUGGCUUCUUGUGUGGUUUAAUGAAUUACUCUUAGUAUACA